UGAAGUCUUCACUGGGAGCUGCAGGCAAAUCCAGACUUACAUACAGUAGAGAGCCUGGCUUUGGGAUUGGGAUCAUGUCUCUGGAAGUGAAGGAAAAGACAGAAGUGCGCUUGGUGUUCAUGGGAGCCGCAGGUGUGGGGAAAACAGCCCUGAUUAAACGUUUCCUACAAGACAGCUUUGACCCCAAACAUCGGCGAACAGUGGAGGAGCUCCACAGCAAGGAGUAUGAGGUGGCUGGAGUCAAAGUGACCAUUAACAUCAUGGACACAAGCGGCAGCUACUCCUUCCCAGCCAUGCGGAAGCUCUCCAUCCAAAACGGAGAUGCCUUCGCCCUUGUCUACUCUGUGGACGACCCCGAAUCUCUAGAAGCUGUCAAGAGACUGCGUGAGGAAAUCCUGGAGGUCAAAGAGGACAAGUUCACACCCAUCGUGGUGGUAGGCAACAAAAAAGACCGGAUGCAAGAACGUAGGGUGUCGGCGGACGAUGUUCUGGUGAAGGUGGAGCUGGACUGGAACAACUGUUUCCUGGAGGCCUCGGCUAAAGAAAACGAAAACGUGAUGGAGGUGUUUAAGGAACUCCUCCAGCAGGCAAACCUCCCCAGCCGACUCAGCCCGGCUUUACGCCGUCGCAGAGAGACUUUUCCCAAGGACAUGAAUCUACGACCACCCAUGAACAAGACCAACAGCUGUUCAGUCUCCUAAAGCUGGCAAGAAAAGAUAAUCGAGAACAGAAAGGCUUGAGUUGCUUCUUAACGCCAAUGUUGAAGCAAAGCAAUCAUGUGGAAGGCUUCUUGAAGGCACGCAAAGAUGCUUUUGUUACAUAGCGAAACUUCCCAUAAUCCUGCUCUGAAAGUCAUGAAGAAAAAGGACAAUGAUGAGGGGAGAAUGAUCAAAAGACAAAGAACUGUUGCGUUUGUGCAAAGAAUCUCUUGAAUGUUUUGACAGUGGUAUUGAAUUCCUAAAGUUCAGUUGUGUGAUCUGUUUAAAGAGCUACUGCAAUAUUCAAUCACGUAUAAGUCGAGAUAGUCUGACUUUUAUGACACUGCAAUAUUGUAAUGCCGUAGCAUUAAUGUUUAUUAACAUAUUUUAAAAUUUGACUGUAUUUUGACUGUAUGACAUUCUUUGGUUUACGAAUCAUUGCACCAAGUAUUAGUCACUGUGUCCAUUUUUCAAAAUGUUUGACACUGUGCACAUGCACUUUUGUUAAAAAUUCAUAUAAUGCACUGAUGUCUUUCUUUUUUUUUUUAACUCAAUUUAUUUUGGGUUUUUUGUACAUUUUUUUUGAUUUGAUGUAACUUGCAAAGAAAAAAUAAAAUAAUAAAAGAAAAUUAAUGGCUAAACUAAUGACUUCAAAGAGUCCA